AUGCAUCGACCAUUCAUCCGACGACUGUUAUUCUUGUUCUUGAUUAUUGAUCGAUUAGCAGAAGCGUUCGAUGUCCCAUGCGCACAGAAACUUAUUGGUAGUGACUGCCUAUUCGACGAAGAAUGCUAUGGAAUGAACUCAGUAUGCCGAAAUUCCCGAUGCACUUGCCCAACCAAUUUCGAGGAAUUCGACAUUGACGAGCGAACGACAAUAUGCCGAUUAGCACCCGCCAAAAUCGGCGAUUCCUGUCAACGCGAUUGUAAGCCACCCUUGUUGUGCCGGGAUGGUAAAUGCGAGUGUUGGGGUGGAAGUAUUGUCGAUGGGAAGUGUGUCGUUCCGUGUCCGGCUGGUCAACAAUUGUAUGGUGUCGAAUGUACGCGUGUCGCUCAUUAUAUGCAACCGUGUGAAAAGGACAGCCAAUGUGUGGACCCCUUCAACUCUUGCAUUGCUGGAACUUGCCAAUGUGCCCCUGGCACCACACGAGACACCGUCCGCGGAUUUUGCUAUGCCGGUAAUUUCUAUCGCUCCUUAUCAACUCACUUAAUCUUUUUUCAGUCUGUCCCGACGGGAUGCAUCCUCGUCAAACGUGUCGUCGGCUCUUCAUCAACGACAUUGACAUGCUUGAAAACGCCGCCAACACUGAUAGCUGUCCGUUGGGCUAUCGAUGUGUCACGUAUGGUAGUCCAUAUGUUGGUCAUUGUUGUCGGCUACGGUUCUUGUGAUGCCGGUGCUUCACCUGAUUCCAAAUGUCGACCACUCACUCAUUUCUGCUUCACUGUCAGUGAGCCAGGAUGGAAAUCAUCGUUGUGCUGUCCAAGACCGUGUCGGGAUCCGACACCACUUUAUGUUAACGGACAGUGCCUAUCAAUUGCUCAUCGUGGAGAUCCAUGCCAAAUUGAUCAACAGUGUGAAGGCGGAAUUACGAUGUCUUGCACAUUGGGAAGCUGUCAAUGUAAGCUAGGAUAUCAUGAGGUACCAAAUUGUAUUUCAACAAAUCCAGUUGAUUUUUUGAAUUUUCAGAACAACGACGAAAGAUUCCCAACAUGCACGAAAGAUUGUACACUUGAAGAAGUUGUACAACUGGGAAGUCGUUGCUACUCGAAUAACCAGUGCAUUCCAUCAGCGGAGUGUCGAUUUGGAACCUGUCAGUGCAGAUGUGGCUACAAGCAAGUCAAGGAUCAACUACUCGGCGUCCGUUGCUCGAAUCCAGAUGAUCCGCUUAGCAUUGGCUCAAUUCUCGACCGCGUCGGAGACAUUUUUGGAAAUAAACGAGGGAAAUAA